AUGUCAUCUCACGUCUUGUUUCCGAACGCCUUUUACCGUACAUCCCUCCGACAUUAUAAAAGAGGUGCGAGUUCGCCGCGCGCCCGCAGUCCGACCCGCGCCAUCGAGCGAUACGUACGCUUCUGUUAUGAAAUAGUGGCAUCCCCACACGCGACACUCAUGGAGGGGCUCCCUUCCAGCCAGGGCGCUCCCGAGCCCGACGAGGGCAUCGCCUCUGACCGUCGCCCGUCCACCGACGACCAUGCUGACCUCUCUGACACCGCGUCCGAAGCUGGCUCCGGAGGCGGUAAAGACUCCGGCUGCGAAGUCGCCGCCGAAACCCAGGAACCCCCGUAUACACCCCCCGACGACGAGCUCGCCAACCGGAUAGUGUCGCAAGUCGAAUUCUACUUCUCGGAUGCCAAUAUCACUAAAGAUGCCUUCCUUCUCAAACACGUACGCCGGAACAAGGAAGGGUAUGUCUCCCUCAAGUUGAUAUCUAGCUUCAAACGUGUGAAGCAUCUCACGAAAGACUGGAGAGUGGUCGCUGAAGCUCUGAAGAGGUCCACCAAGCUGGAGAUCAAUGAAGCGGGCACAAAGUUACGCAGGAUCGACCCUCUGCCGGCCUACGACGAGACGACGCCGUCUAGGACAGUGGUCGCAGUCAGGAUGCCCAUAGACCGUCCCACGGUCGAGAAUGUGUCGAGAUUAUUCGCGAGUUGUGGCGAGAUUGCUCUAGUUCGUGUGCUGCGACCCGGCAACCCAGUUCCGGCGGACGUCCGCCAGUUUCUUAACAAAAACCCGAGUUUGGUUAACUGUGUGUGUGCGUUAGUUGAGUUUACGGAAUCUGAGUCGGCGAGGGAAGCGCUUCGGCUGCAGGCUGCCGACGACGAAGGUAUGCGUAUAUACGAACUGAACGGCGUGCCCCGGGAACCGAAGAGGAAAGUCCCGGCGCGGCGUCCUACACCUCGCCGCCAUGAGUGCGAGUAUUCCUCAUGCUGUAGUGGUUCAGAACCAGAGUACGACUACAGAUACGGGACUCCGUUCUACAGGAGAAACUCGAGCGGCUUCUUCGCGCCUCGGUCUCCUGAAAUACAGACGUGGGUGCCGCGGCGGCCGUCGACGUGCAGCCACAGUUCGGAUUCUGGGGUUUCGUUCUACUGCAAUUCGAGAAGGACUUCGCAGGUGAGCACGGGCAGCGCGAGCAGCGCGGAGGGCUGGCUGUCGCGGCGGCUGUCGGGCUGCUCGCUGUCCGGCUCGGAGUGCGGCGGCCGGCGGCUGUCGUGCGCGCCGCGCUUCGAACCCCGGACCCCGCUCGUGCCGGACGGCACUCGCGGCUUCCACGCCGCCGCCCGCCAGCGUCGAAUCUCGGACCUUGCGUUGUACUCGCGCUAGAAAGCGCCCGCCAACCGUGACACCUUUCUAAUCACGUUGGAUAACUAACUGCCUUUCACGAAGCCGUGUGGUUUCGAUCUGUUUUGUACCAGGAAACGAUGCUAUGUUGAAUUAUUUGUGAUCGCGUGUGUUCCGCUAGCCGAUUUAUAUUUAAGAUUUUUCUUUUGGUUUAAUGUGUAGGUACGGAAAGAAACUUGUACGGUCGCAUUUUGUAUUUCAAUUCUAUAGUUACCUAUUGUCGAUCGAACGGGUUUCUUCUCGUCGAAAUUGUGAUUGAUAAGCUCAUAUAGUAUGUAAGACACAGCUGUGUUUAGUGUUAGCCGGUAAACUUUUAAUAGUAAUUUAUUAGAUUUAUUUAUAUCGCGUAUUUAUUGCGGAUCCGUGGUAGAGUUUUCAUUCCAUGUAUGUCCAAUUUUGAGCACAAAUACGAUAUGCAAAAUCGACAUUCUGUGAUUGUAGGCUCUAUAUACCUUUGCGAUGGCAGAUGUUAGAUUAACAACAUAUAUUGUACAACCGAUCUACUCUGGAAUCUAAUUCAAAUAAGUAAUUCAAUAAUAUUGAAAUACGCCGUUUC